AUGUGCUGUCGGGCAGCAGAGAGCAGGAUGAGCGAGUACGAGGAAAAGGCCAGGGAGCUGGUAUCGCAGCACAAGUACCUGCAGCUGUCUGCGUCGUGGUGUCCCGACUGCGUGUACGCCAACGGGGUGUGGGAGCGGCUGGGGCUGCAGCAGCAGAUUGUUGUGUUCGACAUAGCGCAGGAGGCGAAGGACAAGCAGGAGGAGGGAGCGUGGCGGGACGGCUUCGAGCGCGCGACGGGGUCGCGUAACCUGCCGACGCUGUACGUGGACGGGCAGGUAUGGGGGACGGAGCGGGAGCUGCACGCGCUCGAGGACGCGGGGACGCUGCGGGCGGAAUUGGCCAAGAUCGGGCUGGAUGCAAAAUAG